AUGAAUUUCACAUACUGGAAACCAGGAGAAGUCGGCAGUUCCUACAAACUAAUGGCAUAUCUGAACACACAACCACCCCCGCUACAUCAGACGCCGUCUACUCAUACAAGCAUGACCCCGACGCCGACACCGUACAUUCCAAUACAGGCGUCGGUUGGUUCGAAACAGGAGCCUCGUAUUACCGAGAUUCCAGGCUCUUCACAGACCACACCUCCAUCACCUCCGGAGGCUACAGAAACACCAUCGGAGCUUACUCCCGAUCCCCCAUCUCGUGGACGAAAGGUUGUUUCUGGCACGCGACGUGCUGCGCAGAAUCGAAAUGCUCAGAAAGCGUUUCGCCAACGUAGAGAGAAGUAUGUCAAGGAUUUGGAGGCUACGAGUGCGCAGAUGGAAGAAAUGAAAAAGAAAAUGCAGAAGUUGGAGCAGGAAAAUGCCCAGUUGCGCGAGUAUACCGUUGCGCUUCAGACCAGACUUAUCCAAUUGAAUCCUGAUGAGGUGUUUGAUCAGGAUGUGCGGUAG